AGGCUGCUCCGGGAAUCCUGGACUGGUCCUAUUGCUGUGGCCCACGCACCCUUGCUGGGUGUGGACAAGCACUGGUGCUACGCUAUGCAGGUCCUUACUGCAGGACACCAUGGCCAGAAGUUGCGUUACGCCCUGAGCUGUGAGGGCUAUGGCAGCGCCAGUCGAGUCAAGCAGCUCUCAGCGGCUCAGGCCAAAGAGUCGAAGCACUUUGAGGCGCUGACUGCACGCAUGGUCAGCACCGCUUGGCGGCCUUGCGACUUGUUGCGGCUACUGGCGGUGUUUCCCUUCCUGCGAAACGACUCGGAAAAGUUCCAUGCCUUCUGGACCCGUCGCUUGCGUGACAAAUUGUUGCCAGCCUUCGGGCGUCCGACAAGGGAGGAGUUGGCCAAAGUGCGGAAACGCCAAGAGGAGUUGUGGCCACCACCACCACCGAAGGUGGAGCCUCUGCCCUCACCAAAAGCGGAAGCGAAAGCGGAAGCCAAGGCAUCCCCGAAGCCUUCAGAAGCGGCCACGUCAUCCUGGAGGUAUGAUUGGAAGUCCAAGCAGCGAAAUGACCACUACAAGGAGGGCUGGAGCGACCACUGGAAGCAUUGGAAUUGGAGGGAUCAGAAGGAUGACAGGAAUGAUAGGAAGGAUGUCCGAAAAGAAGACCGGUAUCGCAGGGAUAAUCGUGAUAACCGUGAUGCUUGGAAGGAAGAUCGACAUUCGAAGAGAAGGGAAAGCAGAAGCCCUGAGAGGAAAAAGAGCCGAAAGGAAGAGAACACUGUGAAGAAGGCCGAUCGACGAAGGUCAAGGAGUCUUCGUAGUCGGAGUCGUAGGAGGUCCCGAUCACGAUCCCGAUCAAGACAACGAAAGAAACGAUCAAGAGAAAGACGCAAAUAAAUCGAUUGAAAA